GUUUUAUUACCUUAGCGGGGAGUGGGGUCAAUCGCUUCUCCACAAGUUCAGAAGAGGGUUUUAGGAAGUAGAUUAGGGUUUUAGAGAGAGGGAGAGAGAGAGAAUGUUGUAUGUGUAUGUAUGAAUAUAACAUCCUUGAUAAUGUCUUCCUCCAAAUUCCUCACACUACCAACAGAUUUAAGUUUCACCUUCAAGGCUUUCUCUUCCCCUGACAUUCGCAACCUUUCCUUCUUCUCCAACUCUUCAAACCCUUUCUUCACCUUCAGCUUUCAAUCCCACAAAUUCAAAUUUCACUUCCCCUUCAAAACCCUUCACCACCGCAUUUAUCCUUCCCUGCUCGCCAACCCGCCCAAUGCUUCUCCACCUCUUGCGGAUGACCACUCACAGAGUUUGGAAGAAGCCCAAGAAGCGUUUUCUGAGUUUCUUCAAGAAUUCGGGGUUUCUCACAAGGAUUCCACCUUCAUUUCCAUGAACUCGCCUCGGUAUUUGCGGAUGUUGGUUGAUGGGGUUCGGGAAUUGGAUGAGCUUAAGCUCUGGAGCUCCUGGAAAUGCCAGGGUAAGAAGUUGGACUUGGACUUGGAGUUGCUGGGGUUUAAGGAGAAGAUCAGCUAUUUGGCUCUAGACAAAGGUGAUAAUGGAAAGGUUGCUCUUUUGGAAAGUGCUGUUGGAUUGAGUCUUUCUUCCGCUAUGAACGUUGCAAGGUAUCUGUCGGCUGAAACGCUUCCGGGUCUCAUUGAUAAGGUUAAGUAUAUGAAGGAAAUAUUCUUUUCUGGCAGUAAUGGUGGGAAGCUUCUAGGCAAAAAUGCUCGCCGAAUGAUGAUGCACCUGUCAAUUCCAAUUGAUGAAGAUCUGCAGCAAACUUUGUCAUUUUUUGAAAAGAUUGAAGCAAGGCGUGGAGGUUUGAACAUGUUGGGUUCCAAAGAUGCCUCUUUCCUCUAUCUGGUGGAGUCAUUUCCACGUCUUCUUUUGUUACCACUGGAAUCCCAUAUGAAAGCUAUGGAAGAAUUUCUUAAGAAUAUUGGAAUCUCCAAAGAAUUGAUGGGAAAUAUACUUAUAUUAUUUCCACCCAUUAUUUUUUGCGAUAUUGAAGUCAUUAAAACAAGAGUUCUGGCUUUCAAGGAGGUUGCUAUGGAGGAAAAGAAUGUUGGAAAAAUGUUGAUAAAAUAUCCUUGGAUUCUAUCGACUAGUAUACAAGAGAACUACAAGGAGGUUCUUUCUUUCUUUGAUAUGGAGAGGGUGCCAAAAACAAGUGCUGCCCAUGCAAUCAGAAGCUGGCCUCAUUUAUUGGGUUGUUCAACUAGCAAGCUAAAGUUGAUGGUUGAAGAGAUUAGCAAAUUAGGUGUUAGAAACAAGAAAUUGGGUCAGGUUAUUUGCAAAAGCCCUCAAAUAUUGUUGCGGAAACCUCAAGAAUUUACACAGGUCGUUUCAUUUUUGAAAGGUCUGGGAUUUGAUGAAGAAAAUGUUGGAAAGAUUAUAUGUCGAUGUCCAGAAAUAUUUGCAACCAGCAUUGAAAAUACUCUUGAGAGAAAGCUUAAAUUUCUUGCUGCUAUUGGUGUUUCCAAAGUUCAUCUUCCUCGGGUUAUCAAAAAGUAUCCAGAGCUUCUCGUGUCUGACACCGACAGAACUAUACGUCCUCGGAUGAAAUAUUUGAUGACCUUUGGGUUGUCAGAGAGGGAUGUUGCAUUCAUGAUCCGUAGAUUCGCUCCUUUACUUGGGUACAGCAUUGAGGAAGUUUUGAGACCGAAGCUCGAUUUCCUUGUAAACACAAUGGAGAAGCCAAUAACAGAGGUGGUGGAGUAUCCAAGGUACUUUAGCUAUUCGUUGGAGAAGAAGAUAAAGCCAAGAUUCUGGACUAUAAAGGCAAGGAAUGUUGAAUGUAGUUUGAAAGAUAUGUUGGGGAAAAAUGAUGAAGAAUUUGCUGCUGAGUUUAUGGCACCUCAAUGAAGCCCAAGGAGGUUGUGUAUAGUCUCUCUGUAGAUAAGUAGUAAAACAUAGAUUUUAAACAUAGUCUUAUAAAAAAAAUUAUUUCUUCAAUUUUAUACCUGAAUUGAAUUUCUCUGAAUGAAAAUAUUCAAAGUUGGUUCA